GAUAAUAUAUUCGAAAUGUCCAUGGAACGAUCAGAGAAACACCAUUGCUUUCACCCCAAAAAACAGAAACUUUUCCAUCAAAGUAGUAGUGAAAGGAGAAGUCCUUCACCUUUUGCUGAAACCAAUCAAGAUGGUCCUCUUGAUUUUUCUAAGAAAUCUACCUUGUCUGAUACCAGUACCUAUUGUACGACAGAAGAAACUGUGCACAAGUCUUCGCUGCUUUCUUACCCCCAUCAAAAUGGACAUUACGAAUAUCAUUCAGGUAAAGGCCAUUUGCAAGACUCAGAAAAUCACGGAAAUGGUUUUAUUCUAGGUUCAUCGGUUUCAAACGGUUGUCACCUACAAACGAGAUCUCCUCCGACAAAUCACGAAAGCACGUCUAAUCGAGAAGAGCCGCAGCGCGUUGAUGGCAGACCUCCGGAAGGUAAAGCAGUUCUUCAUGUUUCAUCUCGUACGAAUGAGGCAUACAGUGACCCUUCUUUAACAGAAAGGAAACUACUAAUCUUGGAAAAUUCGAAUUGGAAAUCGUCACCUUUAUCGGACACUAGAAAUACAAGUGAGAAUUCAAUAAUGUCCCCAGUACAGCCCAUAACCCCAAAAAUGGCUUCUUUCAUACAGGGACCAUAUAUACCAAUAUCUCUGCCUCCCCUUCUAGCAGGCGUUAAUGUUUUAGAAAGUAUGCCACCAUACUUAAAUGGAUAUUUUUCACAGCAGUCACCAACACUUGGGCCAAAUGGAGAAAGACAAUCUCUUAGGACCGUAAGACCUUUCAAAGCAUUAUCAGACGAACUUCUACUCGGUAAUUACCCGGCACCGAGCUCAUCAAAUUCUUUCUCCAGUACUGUGUCUCCUCCAACACAUUACAACCAUUCAAGGAAUCGUUCUGCCUCAGUUUCAAGUAACACCGACAUAAAAAACGAGUCACCAGAAACAGAAAAUCGUGGCAGUACAAUGAAUGCAAGGUCUACUAGCAUGAACACUGAUUUAGAUAUGAAACUGGAUGCACAUGGUUCGGGGGAUUCUAAUAGUUCGUUCUCGAACAGUUAUUCCAACUGUCAACAGCCGGACACCUCCAGUGGCGGCCAGAACCGACGAAAAAGCCGGACCAUGCCAGAGGAAUUGAAAGAUGCCGCUUAUUGGGAACGCAGACGUAAAAAUAACGAAGCCGCCAAAAGAUCCAGAGACGCUCGUCGACAGAAAGAAGACGCCAUUACUUUGAGGGCAAAACAAUUGCACGAAGAAAAUAAUCAAUUGAGAUUUUAUUUGACUACUAUGCAGAAGCAUAUUGCAUUUCAAGAAACCCAAAAUAGAGCUCUUUUAGAAGAGCGUCAUACGAAAGAUGCAUUGAUCAGGCAAUUACAAGAUGAAUUGUCUAAGAAACGAACUUGCUCUAGUUGUACUUCAUGAUUAACCGAUAGUGAUGAUGUUUCUGGAUAUUAUUAGUAAAUGGUUUUAUUAUAGAGCUAUAAAUUGAAAAAUAAGUCUGAAUAAAAUUGCCAAACCCUAAUACUAUGUAGCGAUAAACAAUGCUAUUUAAAACUGCAAUAAUUGCACGAAUUCCUAAUGGUGUCUACAAAUAUGAAUUUUUUUAAAUUAUUGUGAAUGAGAAAAUGAUAUAAAUUAACGGCAAAACAUAUCACGGUAAAGGAAGUCUAAAUGCUACUUUUUAUUAUUUUAUUGUUUUUUAUAUUCAUGCUCUCUCUAGAUAUGAGUUGUUGGUAAUUGAGAGUAGUCUUUUUAUCUGAAUAUUUUAUGAUAGUUCUCUGCAUUUAUCAGAAUUAUCACUGAAUGUGAGUGAAAUUAACUAUUAUAUUUCGGUUUAUAUUCAUUAAAGCGGAUACCGCUGUGUAUGGUGUGUUGGUUAGUUGUACAUGGCUGAUUUUAAUGCUUGAAAUUGCUGAUUAAAAACAAAGCUUCCCUUAAUUUAUCUCUUGCGCAGUAAAUAUGAUCGAAUAAUUUAAGUUUAUUUUUUUUUUUUUUUUUUUUGAUUUCUCACGCUUUAUCAUUAAGUAAUUCCUUUUUUGAUUUUUCAUGCAUUUAUCAUAAUUUUUUUUUUUUUUUUUAAUUUCUCAAGCAGAUUGAAUCAUCAUCUGUAGAUUUUGCGAGUCAUGAAAAGCAGCAUCUCUUUCAUGAUUUUCAGUUAUCACUUCUGUUUAAUACGCGUUAUAAUUUUAUUAAAUAUAAACACUUAUCAUCCAAUAAAUGAUUAAACUAUGUUGCUAAGUUAUUCACCAGAAACUCAACUUGAGACAAAUUCACAGCAAUAAAUGAUUUUAUUAAUUUGGCCACUGAUGGGUCUGAAAUGUGGAAAAAAGUCACACUCGAGAACUCAUCUGUAAAUAGGAUUUCAUUCUGGAGAGAGAGAGAGUUUAAGGCAAUGUUUGAUGCGUUAGCAAUCUAUUUUUACUUAUCUUUUUUUUUGAAAUCUGUUUUAUCUUUUCUAACUUUUGUUUUUAAAUCUUUUGAUGAACUUCCUUGUCAGUGAAAAUGUGCAGUGCCAAAAAUAUGUUG